AUGGCGACCUUCGACGAUGCGGCCCUGUCCAAAUUGACAGCUAAGAUUGACAGCGGGCUGGCUAAUUCCAAGAAGACCACCGACGACAAAAAUGGCAAUGCCAAGCCCAAGAGGAAACUGGAUCAAUCCGCGGAUGCUUUCCAGCCUCCAUCCAAGAAGAGAAGUCAAACAGUAAAAGAGGACGGGAAGCCUUUUGAGAAGCAGACUGGGAAGCCAACUGCGAAGCCCACUGCGAAGUCGCCGGGGAAACAAACUGACAAGCCGAAUGGGAAGUACAACGACGAGUCGAAGGGGAAAUUCAACGACAAGCCGAAGGACAAGUACAACGACAAGCGAAAGGAGAAGUACAACGAGAAGCCGCAUGGAAAAUACAGUGAGAAGCCGAAUGGAAAGCGCCAUGAAAAACAGCCCGGGAAGCCAAGCGAUCAUCGUCCCAAACCAGCUGCCAAGGAACAACCCGACUUACAGCCAAGUGACUCCAACACACUUCUCGACGAAAUCAGAGCGCUUGGUGGGGACGAGGAGGACUACAAGCUGUUGGAGGAUGUUGACUCUGAUGAUGAAGUACCCAACGACCAAGACGGAAAGAAGAGUACAGACAAGGACCUCCGUGCCGAGCUCGCCAAGUUUGCGUCAGGGCUUGGGUUCGAUGAUGUGACCCCAGCAUCCGCCGAUGAAGAGUCUGAUGCCAACAUGGACGAGGUUGUAUCCGACGGUGCCGAGUCGGGUCAGGAAGUAGACGAGAAGCCUAUUCCAGACCCGAAACGGAAAACGAUCUUCGAGCCUCGUCCUGACUGGCAUGCCGUCAGCUUAAGACCACUACCUGAGCCAACAUCCGACCAAGUAGCACCCUACACCGCAGCAAUUGCUAGCUUGAAAGAUUAUGCGACGACGAUCCUCAAUGAGGACACCGACGCAUAUGGCACAACCUUUGCUGCCUCGUCUUCUCGCAAAUUCAUGUCUACUAUCAUGUCUUCUGGUACAAUGUCAGACAAAGUGUCGGCUUUGACGCUUGCCAUCCAGGAGUCCCCGGUACAUAGUACCAAAGCUUUUGAGAAUCUUUUGAGCCUUGGUGCGAAAAGAAGUCGUGGUCCCGCUCUGUCCGCUCUGGCUGCCCUGGUAGAUCUUCUCGGACCAGGAAUGAUCCUACCUUCUGACAGACGACUGCGCAUCUUCGCUACGCAGCCUGGACUUAUUGGAACCUUGCAGAAGUUUUCCGUCAAGUCCUGGACCGCUGGGAAAGGACUGCCCGGUAAGAUCACCAAAGAACAGCUGAUAGCUUGGGUGUUCGAGGACUGGCUGAAAGACGCCUACUUCAAAAUGAUUCAAAGUCUUGAAACCUGGUGCGAUGACGAAGUCGAGUAUGCUCGAACAAAAGCUGUCGACUUGGUGUUUGCCUUGCUACGAGACAAGCCUGAGCAGGAGUCCAACCUCCUGCGUCUCCUAGUCAACAAGCUCGGCGAUCGCGACCGCAAGAUCGCCUCAAGAGCUUCCUACCUUCUUCUUCAGCUGCUGAAUACACAUCCCGCAAUGAAACCAGUCGUUGUGCGUUCCGUCGAGCAGGAUGUUAUUUUUCGACCAGGACAGAACAUCCGUGCCAAGUACUAUGCCGUCAAUACUUUGAACCAGACCAUCCUCAGCACGAAGGAGCCUGAGAUUGCUGAUUCUCUGCUGCGUAUCUACUUUGGCAUGUUUGUCUCUCUGCUCAAAAGUGGAGAACUCAGUCAAUUCAAUGCUGAUCCUGAAGUCUCCAAGCCGAGCAAACGGAAGCAUGAUCGGAGGAAGCCUGAUCAACCCAAGGGGGGUGACGACAAGAGCCAAACCGCCCCCGGCGAUGGAGACGCUGCGGAAAAACUCGUGUCAGCAGUUCUCACUGGUGUCAACCGAGCAGUACCCUUCUCUCAGGCAGACCAGUCCACACUCGAGUCACACUUGGACACACUAUUCCGCAUCACACAUUCUUCCAAUUUUAACACGAGCAUCCAAGCUCUCAUGUUGAUACAACAGCUCUCAGCGAACCGACAUCUUGCUACAGAAAGAUUCUACCGGACGUUGUAUGAGUCUUUGCUAGAUCCACGACUCGUAACUUCUUCGAAACAGUAUCUGUACCUCAAUCUCUUGUACCGAAGUCUGAAGGCGGAUAUUGAUGUUCGCCGCGUGAAGGCUUUUGUCAAGCGAAUGCUGCAGGUGCUGAACCUGCAUCAACCCUCCUUCGUGUGUGGCAUACUCUACCUCGCCACAGAGCUGUGCGGCGCCUUUCCCGAUAUCAAGACACUGCUCAGUGAGCCUGAGGAGCACGACGCCGAAGAGACAGGCAUGCCAACCGCUUCAGACGCACCUGUCACCACCGCUGUGGAUGGUCCAGAUACACAAAUAUUCAGGAAUGACAAAACAUACGAUGGUCGAAAGCGAGCGCCAGAAUACAGCAACGCACAUCUCAGCUGUCUCUGGGAGCUGGUCCCAUUCUUGAGGCACUUCCACCCGUCAGUCGAUGUCUUCGCAUCAACUCUGCUGAGUGGACAGAAGGCAGCUCAAAAGCCCGAGUUGGCUAGCCACACACUAAUAGCUUUCCUGGAUAAGUUUGUGUACAAGAACGCGAAGGCAACAGACACAACAAAGGGUGUGUCCAUCAUGCAACCUGUAGUUGCGAGCGGCCAGAGCCACAUACUACUAUCCAGCAAGCCGUCGGCGAAGGAAGCUGGAAGCUCCCUGAACUCGGCGUCUUUCUGGAACAAGAAGAGCGAGGAUGUGGCGGUGGACGAUGUCUUCUUCCAUGAGUACUUCAGUCGGAUAGGAAAGCAAGAACAGGUUGAGCGUGAAAAGAAGAUGAAGGCCAAGAAGGAGACAGGCGAGGAGGCUGAAGCAGAGGAGGCGGACGAGGAAGAGAUCUGGGAUGCGUUGGUGAACUCACACCCUGAGAUACAGGAAGAAUCGGAUAGCGACUCUGGCUUCGAAGACCUUAUGGACCUCGACGGCUCUGACGAUGACCUCGACGACGAUGUCGCCCAAGAGGAUGGCGAGGAGGUGUCUGAAGACGACGAACUGGACUUCUUGGACGAGUCUGAUCUUGAUUCAGGCGAAGAUGAGGAGGAUGAGGAUGAGGAACUGCAGCCGGCUGCGGGCAAGGCUGAGGAUAAGAAGACAAAUGCCGAACGCAGAGCGAGAAAGAAGGCGAUGAAGAAUCUCCCUACCUUUGCCUCUGCCGAGGAUUAUGCGGAGAUGCUAGCCCAGGACGAGGAUGGCAUGUAA